AAGCCCAUCAGCUUCCCCAUUUCCUCUUCCAAACUUCCCUCCCUCCCUCUUUACCAGUUUCUUUUCUCCCCUUCCCUCCCCCGCCGCCGCCGCCUCCUCCUCCUCCUUCUCCUUCUCUCUCCGUCGCUCCUGCGAUCCUUCACUCCCUCAUUCCCCUCGCGAUUCCCCUCACUGAUUCCUCAAAUCGAAUCGAACGAGUCUCCCAACCAUUUCCGAACCCCGUUCUACACAUAUUCCUGCACCCUAGCUUCUUCUUCUUCUAACUCCUCCGGUGGCUUCAGCUGACAACCGCCAUUGACGGAGUUUCUAAGGUUCUCCUUUCUCGCCUCCCUCCUUUAUCUCUAUUUCUCGGUUUUGGCAAUGACUGUUCUGAUACUGAUGCGCUGUUUGAUUUUUUUUAAAAAUUUCUCCAGGAGGAGAAGUUCUUUGUUUCAUCGUUUUCUUUGGUGUGAGAAAACUUCAGUAGCAGAAAGAUGAAGUACGUGCUUGUGACUGGAGGAGUGGUGAGCGGGCUCGGGAAAGGAGUGACCGCCAGCAGUAUCGGCGUCAUUCUGAAGGCCUGUGGACUUCGCGUUACUUCUAUCAAAAUCGAUCCUUACCUGAAUACUGAUGCUGGAACAAUGUCGCCUUUUGAGCAUGGCGAGGUGUUUGUCCUUGAUGACGGGGGUGAGGUGGACCUUGACCUUGGAAACUACGAGAGGUUCCUUGAUAUCAAGCUGACGAGGGACAAUAACAUCACUAAUGGAAAGAUUUACCAGGCUGUCAUCGAUAAAGAAAGAAGAGGAGACUAUCUGGGAAAGACUGUACAGGUUGUUCCUCACGUCACUGAUGCCAUUCAAGACUGGAUAGAGCGUGUUGCCCAGGUGCCUGUAGAUGGAAAGUCAGGCCCCGCUGAUGUCUGCGUCAUUGAAUUGGGAGGAACUAUAGGGGACAUAGAAUCCAUGCCAUUUAUCGAGGCGCUGGGCCAGUUCUCCUACCGAGUUGGUGCGGGAAACUUUUGCUUGGUUCAUGUGAGUCUUGUUCCUGUCCUGAAUGUUGUUGGUGAACAGAAAACAAAACCAACUCAGCACAGUGUGCGGGGUCUAAGAGGCCUUGGUUUGACUCCGGAUAUCUUAGCUUGUCGCAGCACUUCGGCACUCGAGGAUAAUGUAAAACAGAAACUUGCUCAGUUCUGCCAUGUUCCGUCAGAAAGUAUAGUUACUCUGUACGAUGUUCCCAACAUUUGGCACAUUCCUCUAUUGCUAAGGGAUCAGAAAGCUCAUGAAGCCAUAUUGAGAGUUCUAAACCUUCACGGUGUUGCCAAGGAGCCUGACCUAAGGGAAUGGACAGCUAGGGCUGAACUGUGCGAUGCUUUGCAUGAACCUGUCCGAAUCGCUAUGGUUGGAAAGUAUACAGGUCUUUCAGAUGCAUACCUUUCUGUUCUAAAGGCUCUCUUGCAUGCAUCUGUUGCACUCCAGAAGAAACUUGUUGUUGAUUGGGUUCCAGCUACAGAUCUAGAAGAUGAAACAGCACAAGAGAAUCCUGAUGCUUAUAAAGCUGCAUGGAAGUUGCUCAAGUGUGCCGAUGGGAUUCUUGUUCCUGGAGGGUUUGGCGACAGAGGUGUGCAAGGGAAAAUUCUUGCAGCUAAAUUUGCUCGGGAGAAUCGAAUCCCUUACCUUGGCAUUUGCCUAGGCAUGCAAAUUGCUGUCAUUGAAUUUGCAAGAUCUGUUCUCAAUAUGCAAGACGCUAACAGCACAGAGUUUGACACUCACACCAAGAAUCCAUGCGUCAUAUUUAUGCCUGAGGGCUCAAAAACCCACAUGGGUGGCACCAUGCGACUGGGGUCAAGGAGGACAUAUUUCCAUGUGAAUGACUGCAAAUCUGCAAAGUUAUAUGGUAACAAAAGUUAUGUUGAUGAGAGGCACAGACAUAGAUAUGAGGUGAAUCCUGAUAUGGUAGCACGCUUUGAAGAUGCUGGGCUCUCCUUCACUGGCAAGGAUGAGACUGGACAACGCAUGGAGAUUAUUGAGCUGCCCAAUCAUCCUUACUACGUUGGAGUUCAGUUCCACCCAGAGUUCAAAUCGAGACCUGGAAAACCUUCUCCAGUGUUCACAGGUCUGAUAGCAGCAGCAUGUGGACAGCUUGAGGGAGUGUUGCAACAAAACCACAGGGUAAGCAAUGGAUUCGGGAAACCCAACGGAGUUGGGAAUGGCAUCGCGAAAAUAAGUGUUUACCAAAAUGGACAUGCCACUAAGUUUGCGAAAAUGACAACAACGAAUGGAAACGGUAUAUAUAGCAACGGAAUGCAGUUCUAAAAAAGAGCCAUUUUCCUUUUGUUGUAGGAUCCCUCCAUGUUUUCCCUUAGUUAUUUUCCUUUUGUUAUGUCUUCCUUUCCAUGAAGAAAAGAAAAGGUGGAGUAAGUCUGCUGCUGAGACUCUUUAUUUAGGCGGGUUUUCUUGGUAGGAUUGCGCUUGUACAGUUGAAAGUAAUGUGGUGAGGCUUGCUGAUGAGUUAGUAGGGCACCCGGUCUCUCGAGAAGGCCGUAAAACAGAGUUUGAGAUAGAAGAAGAGAGUUACGAGUUUGAGAUAGUGAAGAGAGGAUAUGGCGGGAGAAAAGGGACAGUGCUGGAUUCCUGGUCUUUUUUACGGGACAGACUGUCAUUGUUAUGCUAUUCUACCCUUGUGCUGCUGUCGGCCGUUUUGCUCAGAGAAUGAUGCUUUUCUCAUAGUAGUAGUAUUAUGUGCUUCAGUGAUAAUGUUCUAAGCUUGAAACCUCCUCCAGACUUUACUACUAAUAUAAUGGGUUUCAGUUUUUUUCCGCUAUUGUGUGUUUGAUGAACUGAAGCUCUACCGUUUUGUUUGUAUCGUUACGUUACCUAAAUGGUCCCUGUUGGGUUUUGCUUAUUCAUCCUUGAUGUUGUGUGUUUGAGCUCUUUUUGGUGUUGAACCUUUGUUAGGUGCCAGCAAUGGGACUGGGGGAACAAACCGCAAUGCCCUGUAAAGCAAGUGAAACCAGACAACAUGGCAAGCGCCGAAUCUACUACACGAUUUAGCCACCCGCCUAUGGGAGACCACUCGCCGAUAGGCAACCCAAAUCACGAAACUGCGAAACCGUCACACGACACAAGAGAAUAGGUAGAAGCUGUCAUAGUAGGGCGUGCUUGAACAGAAAGGAAGUAGAUUGAAAGGUUAUGACUUUAGGGACGUGGUAGUUCAUAUAAAACAUCUCAGCAUGUUAGAAGAAGCUGCAACAGAAAGAAAAAGGGUAGAUGAGUAGCAAGGAUAUAGAACAGUACACAAAUUGCGUCAGUGUUGGUAAAUCGAAAAGGCAUCACUGUGGAUGUUUCUUCCAGAAGAUAAUAAGAACUCAUAUCAUGUCAUGGUCCCUUUAAUAACAAUGAAUGAUAACCUUAAUG